CUACAGUGUGUGUUUUGUGCCAGCACACGCACUUCCCACGAUCAAGGUCGCGAAACUUCCACAUGGUUCGUGAUCCAGAUGCAAGCCGAACAAGGUAGAUCAGUUAACCAAACGAGAUUCAAAAUGUCCGAAACGGAACCGGAGAAUUUCGAAACUAUACUGAAGCAUAUAUACGGAAAAGCAUAUUAUAUACGAGUCAUAUUCGUCUUCUGCUCAAUGACAUCUCUCAUAACUGGACUCGAAAUGCAAAGCCUCAUUUUUAUGCACUACACACCGGAACACAACUGCACAGACCGUCGAAUUCCAUUGAACGAUACCACAGUGUACUGGUUCUCGGAACGACCGAACAUCGAUUUGUCCCGGGUCAACGGAACUCAGCUGGAAGCGGCUUCUGGGUUCGAUUCGCGAGAACCCUGUUGGGCUGUUUUCGCGGGAUCAUCAGACGAGUUCAUCCAGUUAGCCUGUUCAAACUGGACUUAUGCGACCAGGCCAAUGCAACAGACAGUGGUCACACAAUUUAACCUGGUGUGUGAACGACGCAUAUGGGUUCCAUGGCUAGAAUCCGUUUUUCUUCUCUCUGUCGCAAUCGGAUUUUUGAUGGCCUCUAUCGGAGAUACCAUUGGACGAAAGAAAUUGUUCCUGGGAUUGGCUUUGUUUCAAAUUGUGACCUCUUUGAUUACGCCAUUCACUCACACAGUCGAAUUUCAUCUAAUCCUACGCUGUCUGCGUGGACUGUGUCCCGGCUUAGCCUAUAUAGGCAUUAAUAUAUUGUCUGAACUUGUACCCAUUCAUCGCAGAGCAGCUUACGGAAAUGUGUAUUGGUUACUGUUCAGUGUGGGCUAUGUGACUUGUGCCGGGAUGGCGUACCUCACUAGGGAUUGGGUUCAACUCAGACUGUGGAUGUGUGUGUUCUUCACAGGUUAUAUCACUUUUCCAUUUAUCCUGUGCGAAUCACCACGGUGGUUGUGUCUACAAGGUCGUCCCGAAGAAGCGACUCGCAUAUUGAAACGCGAAAGUGAAGCGAUGAGGAGGAAUUUACUCUCAGAUCAAUCCAACGACCAACGUUCCGUGAGAAGAAAAGACUCAUUUUUGAAUUUGUUCACCUACCGUAAUCUACGAUUACGGUUGUUCAUAUUCUGUUUUGUCCACGUUGCCAUCACAACGGCCUAUCUGGGGCUGAUCACAAACAAUGCGUUCGCGACAGACAAUAUCUUUCUCAAUGUGGUUCUCAUGGGUCUAAGUGAGAUGCCUUCGGGGAUCGCAGCCUGGCUUGUAUCCGAGUACAGUGGACGCAGACUGUCAAUCACCCUGCUUUUAGCCCUAACUGUCGUUUCUGUUGGUUUGACGGAGCUUGGUGCGUUCAUACAUCCGGUAUUUCGUGCAGUCAUGGCAAUUGGGGGCAAAUUUUUCCUCAGUGUAGCCUAUUGUGUGAUAGAUCUGUACGUGUUCGAAAUUUUCCCCACAUCGACUCGGACAUCAAGUUUCUUUUUUGUGAACACCGUGGCCAGUUUGUUUGGUGCUUUGGCUCCUUUCAUUAACAAUCUGACUCGAUUUUCACAAUUCGGGCCUACUCUGAUCUAUUGUGCGAUAACGGCACUCGGGGCUGUUUUGGUGUUCGCGCUUCUCCCGGAAACUCGUGAUUGCCCGUUGGCUCAGACCCUGGCUGAAUCGGAGCGUUUGGUUCGGGGAAAUGAACGUGAUUGGUCGGCAGAGAUGAAACGGAACAAGCUGGAACUGAACACCAUCGUACUUCCAUUUGACUUUCUCCAGCCUCUUCAGUUGGCUUCUAAAAUUAGUGUAGGUAUUUCGCCUCAAACAGUCGCUCCUGAAACUUAUUGUUUCGUUUCUCGAUCCUUUCAUUGCAGCUAUUGGAGGAAGUUUAAAUUUCUUGUUGUACAAUCAAUGUAUUUCCAUACACACACAAACACAAAUAUGUGCGUUCUUCCGUGA